CCGCCCGCCCCCAACCGGGGAGAGCAACGGGCCACCUCCCGAACCCCUUCAACUGCCUAAUCUGAAGAGUCCCCCCCCAAGCCCCCACCUCCAAUCCAGCAAGUCGCCCCCCUCUCCUCUAGCGAGUCAACCCUCCUCUCAUCAUCCCUCACCUUCCAACUGUCCUCUUUCAUCACCCCCAGCACUAACAACAGUGAAUGUCCCCAACCACUGUCAACCAACCCACAGCAACUGGCCCUUGUGUCUUUCCCCCCAGCAAUUGUUUUCACCCCUGCAAACAUUUAUCCAGUGUGGUUGCUAUCACACUUGUGCAAGGGCUGGGAUCUGGCCCGAGCUAGUCUUGGAAUCAGAACCUGCGGAAAGAUCAUUUCCAACCCUGCAGCAAGAAAAAAACGUGCAGUUUGAUCGCCUAUCCACAUUGAAGAUAACUACGUGUGCAGGAUAUACCUGGGAAGCUUAAGAAAAUAGUGAAGACACAUGGUCAAACCACUAUGAGAAAACCAGCAUUCUUAAAUUGUUUGUGUAUUUAUUUUAUGAUGGACACUUCUUACCACAUCUGACAAUGGAUCGAUAUGUGCUGUUAGUUGUUUGGAAUUGUUCAGAUGAACAGUGUCAAGAUGAAGAGUUUGCUGAGCUGACUGCCAUUAACCGCAUUUAUGAAUUUAUGAGAAGAAGUUGCUGCACUUCAACAAGUUCCAGAUUGACUGCCUUUCCAGCCUGCUCAAUCAGUGGAGUACCAGCCCCACAAAAAUGGUUCUGCGCAAUUCAAGCAAUCCGAGGCUUUUCACAGUUCUGUAGUACAGAUUGGGAAGAAAUUAAUUCAAGCUCACAAGCCACUAACUGUGAGGAAUCUCUACCAACAUUAAUACAAGAUUGCCUGAAUAGCAUAAAUGCUUGUGAAGAAGAGGACAGUGAUGGGAAAGACUCGCUACCCUUAUCUGAGUUGUUUGAAGAGGCAGCAGAGGGUCUACAUCGGCUUGCAGAUAAACUCCCUCCUCCUGGCAAAGUGUCAUUGGACCUAAUCAUGCUCGUCUCUGGCAGAGAUAUUCCGAGGCUGAAAGAUUGGCUGCCUGUUGUGGGAGCAUUUAAGCACCUGAGAGAGUGGCAUUCAGCAGAAAUUACCAUAACAACAAAGGUUGGCAAAUGUUGGCAGAAAAUUGCAGAGUACCUGGGAGCAACUGUUGUAGAUCCUGAAAAAUUAACGAACGCGAUCGACCCAUUGGUGUUGUGGAGAGGGCAAGUACGCAUCCAAGAACGAAAGUUUGCUUCAGAGGUCACGUUUCCUGGGUUCUGCUUGAGAGCCUGCACUCAAAACUCGUGGUGCCAUUUAAUAAGCUCCUGCUCGACCACAACUUCCGGAGCAUCAAAUACAGCUGGAGAUGCGAACUUGAUUUUCACCGUUUUCCAUUAUUACAAGCCAGUGCUGGAGUUUGUGCAGUUGGUGGCGCUCUCAGACCUUCCAUCUUGCUUUCAGUCUGGGAUUGAUUUUGAAUUCAGUUUAUUACACAGUGACAUCGAAAGCAAAUCAAAGCUUUUGCUGAACCAACUUUCCUCUCUACAAGGCAAGGUGGGGGCACUUUUUUACCUGUCUUGUACUGUGAGCAGCACUAUGAUUCCUCCAGCUAACCAGUACAGUACGCGGAAGUGGAAAGAGUAUAUGGCAAAGAAGCCAAAAUCCAUUAAUGUUCCAGAGAUUGAGUUGAAAGGAGAGAUGUCUGGUUAUUACCUGUUGGUUCAGAAUGACGGCCAAGGAGGCUGCAAGGCAAUCCUGAUCCAUUCAGCCAAUCAGAUAAAUGGGGCUGCUGCUGUAGCCAUAGUGAAUGGGAUGUUGAAAAAGGCUGAAGGCAUAGAAGGGUGUGGUGUUGAAGAGCUUCUCGGGGCAAUGCCUUACCUGACUGGUGAUCAACUUGUAAACAGAGAGAAGAAACUGGCUCAAAUUCAAACUCUUGCUUUAAAGGAGUUUCUGAAAAGAAAGCAGAUAAGCCAAAAAUGUUCAUCCAUUCCAGUCAAUGAGCUGAAGGCAUUGUUAACUUUAGCAAGAAAACAGUAUUUUAGCCAGUUUGGCAGUAACCUGCUAAGUGAUAAUUUAGUCAGCGUAUGUAGAAACCAACAGGAAGCUGUUACAUUUACAGAAAGAAAUAUCUCAAAUCUAAGCCCUUCACAGUGGCCUGAAAGAAGUGUUCUUCAAAACUAUGAAAACCUUGAGCGCAUCAGACAGAAAAGCAGGGUUGACUCCAUAUUGGCAAGGUCAUCUGACAAGCUCUUGGGACUCAAGGGUAGCCAAAGAGGACUUCCAAUUCAGCUUGAUGCCAAGGAACUGCUGAAGUAUUUUACACCAGAGGGUUUCCCCAUUGCUGAGCUCCCACCUUUAGCAAUACAGAGAGGUGAAAACAAGUUUGUACUGACCCCAGAGAUGACCAUACAGAAGCUGAAAGGCCUGCCUUUCGAGAAAGCAACUGCAUGUCAUUACCAUGGAGUUGAGUACUGCCUGGACCACAGCAAAGCACUUGAAAAAGAUAUUGGAUUUGGAAAACUUCAGUCGCGCCUCAUCCGCUAUGAAACCAACACCACAUGCUCGAGGGAGCACUGUCCUGUUGUUUACGGAUUAAGCCCACUGCCAUCCCCAGCAGUACCGUCAGAACCUGGAAGAGCACCAGAUGGAGAAGCUUUGCAAACCACCAAUGAACAUGGGCAGAACCUUAGGUCAAGGAAGGUAGACUGCCUCCAUCCAAGCAGAAGAUUGGCCAAGUGCAAAAAUGUGGAAUAUCUCAAAUCCCAGAACUCGCUAUCCACAUCACAAAGCAGGCAUCACUCAGAAGUUGCUUUGCAGGAACAUUCACAAAGGUUUGCAGCUGCUGCUGCUGCUUCUUCCAGUAAGCAGUCCAGCAGUCAGUUCCAGAGCACGGCUACAAAACCUGGUCGCCAAAGUCAGAUUCGACAGGAGUCACGAACUGAGCGAACUCAAAAGCACAAAAGGAUGUUGAAAGAAGUUGUGGCAAAAACCCUCGAGGAUAAUGGAAUCUCAAAGAACCAUAAAUAUUUUGUUUCUUGCAGUCAACGACUGUUUAAAAUAUCCUUGUUUUACCUCAAGGAUUUAAAAACAUCACGUGGCCUACAUGAAGAAAUGAAGAGGGCUGCAAACAACAAUGUUCGGCAGGUAAUCGACUGGGUGUUGGAAAAGGCCGAGAGGAAGUGAAAUUGUGUUUCAAAAAAUCGAGUGUUUGCUCAGGAAACAGAAAUCGCUCUGAAGAGAGUUUCUAAAUCUGAUGUAAACUAUCUGGACAUUCAGCACUUGGAAAUAACACGCUGUUGUCAAUUAUGGAGUAAUGCAGAAUUAUGCUACACACUUGGUUCACUUGAAUUUGUUUAUUCCGAAAACUCAGAUAGUUAAAUUAAAAUUAGAUGGCAGUAAAAUUGUAGAGAAUUAAAAUACUAUUUUUGUAUUGAUUCUGCGCUUUAAAAUGUAAAUGUUUUUAAAAUCAAAUUGGAGCUUUGAAUCGGGUUUUUACAGAGUUUGUUUUUUAAAAAACAUUGUCAUUUUGCAUUCCUGAUUCAUUUUAUUGUUGCUAACCCCACACACUGUUUCUGUAACUGUGCUUGUGACAAGAUGAGUUCACUUAAAAAUCUGGUUAUUCCGAAACAUUUGGAGCAUAAUUAAAUGGCCUGGGUGGAAAAAAGCAGGGCCCCUGAACUGAUAGCAAGUUACGACACAUUCAUGCAAAAUGAAAAAAAGCAGAAGCACUGACUGCUUCAGUUUGGAGAAGUUUAUAGAUCGUAAGUUUGUGAGCAGUGCUUAUGUUCUUAUCAAGGCCACAAAAUUCCAAACACAGUUCUUCUUGAAACAGUUUGUCCUACAUAUGGCACAAUAGGGAGCAUUUAUGACAUUUUAAUGCAAUAAUAUUUUUUUUUAGAUGCCAGUAAAUCUUCAGAAAUAGCCUGCGAUAUAAUUUUCUCAAGAUUCAUUCUGUUGCUAAACACAAUCAGUCAGACCUGAGUCUUUGAGCUUGGUCUCAUUGUGCAGAUUAUUCCUGGUAGAUUGGCCUGCAGUUCACUGGACAAUUGUGUCGACUCCCGGCUAACUGUUUUUCUUCAAGCUUUGGGAGUUGCUUUGAUUUUUUCAGGUCAUUGAUUUGCCCAGAAUUUGAUCUGUGAGUUAGUUGUAAAUUGUUUAAAAGAAGAUCUCUUAUUUACAGUGUCUUUUUUUUUAAUAAAUAAUUUAAUCGGAUGUGCUGUAAAGCUGAGCAUGUUUCCGACAAACUAGGCUUGUAGUGUAACUACUUAAAGUGAACUUAUACACAAGUUAUUUUCUUAUGGUGCAUUAUACUCCUGUAAUUCAACAAAUGAACAUACAAAGAAAUAAAGUUUAUGAUCAUCU